UUGUAGAUCUUUGUAUUUUGUUAUCUUCUCCAGUUCUUUCUCGUCUAUUCUGCCGUCUCCAGGCACUGCCACAUCCACUAUCCAGACUUUUUGUCUUUCUUCUUAUUAUUAUUAUUAACAGAGGCAGCCACCGAAAAGGCACACUUCCCAUGUCCCAUAAGGUGACAAGAUCUAAAAGAGGGAACUUUGAGCAUGAUUUCCUUUUGGGAGUGAGUGGGGCAGGCAGAUAUUCUUGGGAAAAAGUGGUCCCACAACUAACCAGAUCCUAUGCCUUGUAUAUUUUUAAAGGUGAUAACAGAACAACCUGUUAUGCAAAUAUGUAUUAUUUAUUUAUUUUUAUCCCACCUUUAUUUAAUUUUAAAAGUAACUCAAGAUAGCAAACAUACAUAAUAUUCCUUCCUCCUUCAAGCCUGAGAGGUGGGUUGGGCUAAGAGAGUGACUGGCUCAAAGUCACCCAGUCAGCUUUCGUGCCUAGACUGAGACUAGAAUUCAGACAUUCCUGUUUCCUAAGCUAUCACCUCAACCACUACACCAAACUCAUCCAACCAAAUUAUAUUUUAGCCUACCAAUAUGUUGUGCAAACCAGCCUCUGUGGAUUUUUCAUUACAUUAGGUGCAAAAAAGAGGUGAAACAAACAGAAAAGCAAUGGGUGAAGAUAUGCCCCCGCUCACUCCAUUAGCAAUAGCUGCAAGAUCCAGUUUAGAUUUCCCCCCUUGUGUUAAAAUCUAAGCACCUUUGUUUGCAAAGGAGGCUGGGUUUAGCCAAGAUUGGUUCUAAUAACAGCCCUAGAUUUUUUCAGUGAUUUAUACAGUUGCCAGACUCAAGAUUAACAUGUUAGUUGUUUUAUGGAAAUGAAGCCAUAAUAACAUAUCUUUUCAGAUUUUAUUGCAUUUGUUCUUGUAACUUGGUUUAAUUUUAUCUUGAGCUACUUUGGACACAUAUCAGAAUUUCCAGACAAAAUGCACUGACAUUGAAGUUAUGCAGGAUCUAGAUGUUUGGAUGUUGUACACUGACCUAGAAUUUAUUCCUUUGAAGAGUGAUAAUCAGAUUAUUAGAAUUGAUCUGUGUGUUUCAAUAUAAAUUUCAGGUACUUUGCAUAAUGAACAUUGUGCAGAGGAGGACAACUGUCUAUGGGAAGUACAUACAUUUAAUUCAUUUUAUAUUCUUUUUCUCCCUGUAUGUAAUUUACGGAAACUCAUAGACAGUGCUGUGGUCGACUGCAUCUUAAAUUAAGCUGUUUUCGGCAAUAUUUGGUGGUAAAUAGUUCCUGGGAUCAACACAGGAAUGCAUCAAUUCCUCCAUAUUGAGGCAAGGGCACUCUAUCUAUGUUCAAAGAGAUAUUAUCAUGCACUCAAACCUUCCAUCCUAAUAAGCAAGAUACAAAUUGAAGCCGUAGUUCUGGAUAUCAGACAAGUACCAGCCUUUUGAGGAUCUUUUGCUGGAGCGAAUCGGAGAACGAGGCGGCCUCUCUUAUUUUUCCGAAUAGCGGAGCAAACCUCAGCGGAGGCCCAGAGAGGGCGCAACCCAAGACGGAACCCCACCCUGCUUGCUCUCACGGCGGCCGUAGUGUUCAAGAGGACGCGGAGGGGGUGGGUGCGAUGAGGUAGAGAAUGGCCGCGCAUGCGCAGUACUGAACCUAAGCGGCCGCGGUGAUGGCUGCGCAGUGACGGUUGGAGCUAACGGUUGCUAUUGACAUUGGAGCUGGGCGUGUGGUGGAUGGCUCUUGCGCGGAGGGCGGCUAGGAGCGACAAAGCCGUUAGCUCUGCGGAAGAGACGCAGGGAAUCCGUGGUAAUAUGGACGCGCUGAAACUCUAGGCGGAGCAGCUUCCCCCGCCCCUAUCAGAGCCGGGCCCAGGCCGUCGCCCUGCGCCGGGCUCGCGGAUCCUGCCACCGCCCCCCGAUGCGGGGCCUCCCCUCCGCCUGAGGCGCCCGGGGAGGGCGAGGGAGCAAGGCCGGCAUGGCCGGCCGCCUGGAAUAAUCCGUGGACGGCCGCCGCUGGUAGCAAGGAAGAGCUGCGGCGGUGGCAGUGGCGGGGGCGGGGGGAGCAAGCAAGUGGAGAAAAGCAGGCCCGGCCCUGGCUGUGACGGCGCGUCGAUGCGGGGCUAGGAGCGCAGCCGCCCCUCGGCUUGCCCUGCCUGGGCGCGGAGCCGCGCUUUCUUCUCAGCCCGGAGCCGUUGGCCUCAGCGUCUGCGAUGAACCCGGUGAAUGCUACAGCCUUGUACAUCUCCGCCAGUCGCCUGGUACUCAGCUACGGCCCCGGGGAAGAUCCGCAGUGCCUGGCCGAGAUCGGCAAGCUGCUGCCCUACUUCCGGCAGUCGCUCUCCUGCUGCGUGUGCGGAAAUCUGCUACAAGAUCCAAUUGCACCCACCAACUCUACAUGUCAACAUUAUGUCUGCAAAACCUGUAAAGGCAAGAAGAUGAUGAUGAAACCAUCAUGUAGUUGGUGCAAAGACUAUGAGCAGUUUGAAGAAAAUAAACAGUUAAGCAUUCUGGUGAACUGUUAUAAAAAACUAUGUGAGUACAUAACACAAACGCCAUUAGGACGAGAUAUUAAGCAAGCUGUUGACAGUUCCCCAGAUCUUUUGACUUUGCUUAAAGAUGGCACCCCACUCAGUGUUGACACAGAAAAAGCAUCUGAUGAAGCCUUGGCAAUGUGUUUGAUCCGUUCCCCUUCACCUUCAACUUCAGAGUAUGCUAAUGAGCCUCCAACAAGUUGUUCUAUACCUGAAAGCACCUAUGACUGUGAUGUAAAAGGCUCCACUGUUAAUGGUCUGCCCAGUUGUAAUGGGCUCUCAGUAGAUAAACUUGGAGUAAAUAUUCCAUCUCCCGAACAUGCAAAUACAGUCAGUAUAUGUAAUCCUGGACAAUACAUAAAAACUGAAGAUAUUUCUAGCAGUCUUCAGCCUAUGUGUGACAUAGUUUCCCCUGGUGACUUGUGUGCAACCGGCAUUGAUAUUCAUGGUUUCAGUGAAGACAUCAAACCUGGUGACCCUCUUUUACUUAGUGUUGAGGAAGUGCUACGGAGUUUGGACUCCAAUGCAGGAGUAUGUAGCCCUAAUCUACAGCACAGCUUGGAAAGCAAUUUAACAAAUGGCCCAUUUUUGCAGCUUUCUCCCCCACCAACUAGCCACAAUGUGUAUAUAUCAAUGGAUGCUUCACCUCAUGGGAUUUCAUGUACAGCUGCAACACCUAAGGUAGCAAAAUUAAACAGAAAGCGAUCACGAUCAGAAAGUGACAGUGAAAAGCUUCAGCAUAUUCCAAUUUCUAGCAUUCUUUGUGGCCCAACAUUGGGGGCCUCAGCUCCAGUAAUGAUGAAGCAGGAAUCAAAGAUGUCUUUGCAGUCAAUAGCAGCUGUACCUAAUGGAGGUACUGCUCCUAAAAUAGGUAAAACUGUACUACUAUCAAAUAAAAGCAUGAAAAAAAAUACAGACCAUACCACCAAGAAAUCUCAUCCAAAAUCUAAAUCAGGAAUGCUAAAAAAGUCAAAAGAAAAAAAUCCUAGCAGUCAUGUUGUGCCAGGAAGUCCAACAAAAACUGUGUACAAAAAGGCACAAGAGAAAAAGGGGUGCAAGUGUGGCCGAGCUACACAAAAUCCAAGUGUUCUUACGUGUCGUGGCCAGCGCUGCCCUUGCUACUCAAAUCGCAAAGCCUGUUUAGACUGCAUAUGUCGUGGCUGCCAAAAUUCAUAUAUGGCUAAUGGGGAAAAGAAAUUGGAGGCAUUUGCAGUGCCAGAAAAAGCUUUGGAGCAGACUAGGCUUACUUUGGGCAUUAAUGUGACCAGCAUUGCGGUGCGCAAUGCCAGCACAAGUACCAGUGUAAUUAAUAUGACAGGGUCACCGGUAACGACAUUUUUAGCUGCCAGUACAAACGAUGAUAAGAUCUUGGAUGAAGCUAUGGACAUGAGAUACGACUGCUGAGUCUUUCUUUCUCCCCUCGUUUGGUAAGGGGACUGCUACAAUUUGAAGGCAGCUAUGGUUCUCUUUAACUUGCCGUAGCUCCUGCAUAUAGAUCACUUGUAUCAAGUGUUUUCAUUGCUAUGUUGUGUGUUAGUGUCAGGGAAAUAGUUUGCUGGUAAUUGCGGAAUUAUCCCAAAACAGUCUUUAGUUCUUACAACAUCUCAUAGUUUGAGAUCAAAUCCUAAUGUAAAUGAUUUUUAAUACAGAACUACUUUUUUGGCAUAUACUGACCUUGUUGUACCAAUUCAUGCUUUGUGCUUAAUCAGAAAUUGAUUUAAUAUACUGAAAUUAUUUCUAGUCAGUCCAUCACAGUUGUGCUAAUACAUGAUGUAUCCACGUUCAGUAUCAUCAUUGCAAGAAAAAUGACAUGCUAAACUAAUAAAAACUUCAACAGCCAAUCUUGUAAUACCACAUUAUUUGUGGAUAGGGAAGUUAAUAAUUCAGCACCUAAACUUUGUUCAGAAAUAAAAGAUAUUACUAUAAUUGUCCAGCUACUGUAUGCUGACCUGAAACCAAGAAAUGAUCAUACUGGACUUUAGCUUCAGUUGAUAUCACUCAAGACGUUCAAAAGCUUGAUCAUCUUUUGGAAAAGAAAAAGUUGUUCCUGUUUUUUAAUUUCACACUUUUUUUUACAGAUUGAUGUCAUUAAUCUGUGUCAUGCUAUGUCAUAAACUUAACAUUCAUCAUUGGAUAUUUUUGCUGAGUUCAUUAUGAAAUAGAUACUGUAUUUUUUUAACUCUGUUAUGCUAGUUGGCUAAAAAAUAAAAAUGGUUUAAGUCUUAUGCCAAAGUUAUUGAGACAUCAUUAUAUUUUAGAUUUUAAAAUCUGACAGCUAUUAGCACAUUCUUGCAGUUUAAGGCAUAUAACACUGUCAAAACAUAGUUUUCACUUGAAAUUACCGUAUCUGUUCCAAGAUUAGAUUAAAUCCUACAAUGCAAGAGUAGAAUGUGUCAAGAAUGGAGGUUUUCUUAAUUGAUAUCCUUAAAGAGCUGAUAUAAAACCUGCUGAUUAAGUAUGAUUUUGAAAUUAAUUCUAAGUUAUACCAUUGGAAAAGUCAAUCCACAUUGAAAAUAUGUUAAUUCGUAUCAAUUUUACAAAUUACGAUUGGUGUUUAAUACUUCUUUAUUUUAUUUUGCAUAAAGUAUGGGCUGACUAGAACAGAAAAUAUUGGGUUGUAUCCAAUUAAACCUCUUCCUUACAACCCUAUGGAGGGAGGAAAGACUGUCGGACAGGAAAUGUCCUAUUGUACAAGUCAAAGGUUUCUUUUGCAACACUGGAUUUUGCCCUUUUUGUUAUCUUGUUUUAUAGAGGACUAUGUUCUGAUUUACAGCAAUAUUUCAGCAGCUGUUAUAAAAAGACAUUAUACCAUAGAUUCUUAAACUCCUUUAUGUUUGCCAUCUAAUUGUUAACUGAUUAAUAUUGCUAAUGAACUGUAACAUUAGAUUUGGCACAAAGCAUGUACAAUGAUGGUUACUAGGUCUAAAAAUAAGACAAAAGUUUUGGAUACUGGUUGGGUGAUGUCUCCUUUUUCUUCUAUAGUGUACCAAGUGUCAUUUUAUGUCAAUGUGAGCAAAUAAUUAUUUUGUUGACUUCCAGAUUUGUUUCCCCCCCCCUGUCUUUUCUGUGGGUGGGGCAGGGUGUGGGGGGAGGGUUAAAGCCAUAGGAAGAAGAAUGUGAUGUAAGUGUUCAGUAUGUUUUUUUGUUUCUGUUUUGCAAGAAGAGUUGAAAAAUAUUUUUGAUAAUGAGAGUAAAUGGUGGAAAAUGCU